CCGAAGCCGCCGUCGUUCUGUGCGUCAUGGAUCCGUCGCUCGCCGUCCACCCCUCCUCCGUCCCCUUCGCCCCAACCCCCACCACCCCACUCCUCCCAAACCCUAACCCUAACCCUAACCCUAACCCUAAUCGUAAUCUCACUACCACCAUCUCCCUUCUCCAAUCCCUCACCGCCCUCGCCGACUCCACCCUCGCCUCCGCCGCCCCCCUCCUCCUCCACCCCUCCCCCUCGGCCGCCGCCGCCGCCGCCGCUGCCGGGUUCCGCCGCUGUCCGUACGACCCCCGCCACCGCAUGCCGCCGGAGUCCCUCUUCCGCCACUCCCUCCUCUGCCCCUCCGCCCCCGGCGGGCCCCUCCUCGACCUCGCCGCCUCCCUCGGCGCCCUCCGCUACCCCGCCUCCCUCAAACCCUCCUCCGAGCUCCGGAACGAGGCCCAGUUCCAUCUCCCCCUCGCCGAUCCCGCAGCCGAUCUCUGCUUCUCGCUCGACUCCGAGCUCGGCGACCUCGGCUCCAACUUCUUCUACCGGGACUGCCCCGGCGUCGUCACCACGCCGGAGCCCGACACCUCUCCUAGAAGCUUCACGCUGCCCGGUUUCCUCUUGACCGAAUGCGCUAACUUCGUCUGCUGCGACGGCAGCUGCGAUAGCGGCGGUGCCGAUUCGCUUGGAGCCGGGAUUCGGAUUCUUCCCUCCGAGUAUUGGGCUUUGAGAUGUGAGGUGGAGGCUUGGAGAGACUAUCCGGUGUCAUACUCGUAUUCGGUCCUUUGCGUGGCAUCGAGCUUGGAUCGGGUCGAAGAAAGCGCUUUGAAGAGGUGGAUAAUCUCGAACUCUGAUCAAUAUGGUAUUUUGAUCGAUGCGGCAAUGAGAGAUCACAUACAUUUGCUUUUGAAACUGUGCUUGAAGGCGGUCGCUACUGAAGCUUGUUGUUCUCUCAAGCUUCUGCUGAGUAAAGAUGGCCUUUUAGAUCCGAAAGGUUCCACUUUCGAGUGCCCUAGGUUGGUUGGGAGCUUGUCUUGGUUGGCAUCUCAGCUUUCAAUUUUGUAUGGAGAACCCAAUUGUAAGUUCUUUGCGAUCGGGAUACUCAAGGAAUCGAUAAUGCAACGAGGUUCAAAUUUGUUACUAGGGAAGUUAACGGAAAAGAAGGUUGGAGGGAAUGUUGGUAUGAUUGGUAGUGAUGAUGGAGUUAGCGGAAAAGGUAAUGAUACUAGUGAGGUAAAACCUGUUGAAGAUGAAAAAUCUUCUGAAGAUGUUGGUCGGGGAGAAGUGUUUGUAUCUCAGGUUGCGGCUGCAAUUGCUGCAUUGCAUGAAAGGUCCCUCUUCGAAGAAAGGAUCAGAGCUCUUCGAUUUUCCCAACCGCUCUCAAAAUCUCAGCUAGUCAUGGAACAUUCAUAUGCAUCAGCUCGGGCUAUCGAGGAAAGAGGGAGACGGCCCAAUUAUAGACCUGUUUUGGAGCAUGAUGGGCUACUUAUGUAUCGUGUACUGAGCCAGGAUUCUGGUAAAACCAAGACUAAAGAAGAGCUAUUAGCUGAGGAAAGGGAUUACAAAAGGAGAAGAUCGUCGUAUCGUGGCAAGAAGGUGAAGCGAAAUCCAACAGAGGUAUUAAGGGACAUAAUUGAGGAUCAUAUGGAGGAAAUCAAGCAGGCAGGAGGAAUUGGAUGCUAUGUGAAAGCUGCUACUGACACUGAACAUAAUCCGGUCGAACCCCAUCCUCAGUAUGGCACGACACACUUUUCUGGGUUACACAGCAACUUGUAUGAUCUGCAAGAAACAAAUAGAAAGUCACCUAGUUACAGAAAGUUACUUAAUGUAGAUGCUUCUAGACAUGGUACAUCGGAAAGCUAUCAUAUGAGAAACUCUAACCAAAAAUCUAGGUAUGAAAAACAUGAAUAUGGAGAUGACCUGGAGAGAAGUAGGCAUGAUAAAGGAAAGACAUAUGAUUCAGAAAGUUCAGUAACCCACAGAAAUCAUUCUCACGUGUAUGACCGAAAAACACAACAGAAGAAACAAAAUGAUGAACAUAGUUAUAGAUACGAAAGAGAUGAUUCUGAUUAUUAUUUGAGAAAGAAAGAUCACAGUACUCGGUCUACUCUAACGUCAAGAUCUUUAAAGAGAGGAUAUGAUUAUGUGUCAGAAGAUGCAGGUAAAGAAAGAUCAAGAACGUAUGAGAGGCGAAGGUCUGAGUCUGUGACUCAAGAUGCAUUUGGUGACAGAUAUGAUCCGAUUGUUUCACAUGAAGACUAUGAUGCAAGAAAUGAUCAAUUAGAUUAUGAUGGAGUGCAGCGACAUGGGACUUCCACAAGGAGGCAUUUACCAAAUAGUCACAGGAUAUAAAUCAGCUUUUCCAUGAAGCAGCAUUAACUUAUGCUGGCUUCUGCAAUAUUUCCACAGCUGUAUCCUUUUCUGUAUCCUCAUGUCAAAAUGACAAAAUCCAUAUUUUGUCUAUAGCUAUCAUCUUUGCCAUUUUUUCCCCCAUAUUUUCUUUUUGUGAUAACUACUGUGGUUGGAAAUAUGUCUUAUAUUAGAUGUAUAAACCAUUUUUCUCAUAUUUCUGCUUUGUCUAGUUAUUCUGACAUCAAAUUUGUUCUUAAGUGCCAAACAAUUUGUGAACAUCCGACCACCUUUUGGUGGUUGCCCUUGGUAGUCAUUUAACACCAAGUGAAGUUCAAGCUCAAGUGCUUGUGACUUGACAGUUGAUAUUGUUGUUCCUUUUGCAGUAGUAUGAUUUAAAAUUACAUUUUUACAAGACAUAUUACCAUUAUAUGUGUAGCUUUUACCUUCCUUUUCACUUUUCUGUAGGUCAAAGUAGGUAGAAUGUUUUACAAAUUAAAUAUGCUGAUAGUUGAUUAUUGAAUCCAAUAGUCUAGAUAUGCACUAGAGAGAAUGAAUAGACAUUAGGAUAAAUUCUGCUGUUUGGUAACUUAUACUGGGGACAACUUGUAUACAAGUGUGAUGAAAAUGCUCCAAGGCAAAUUUGAAUUUCUUUACCUUUUGGGGGGGAGGGAGAUGCUCUAUGAGAAAGUCAUUGGGUUAUCUAGGCUUGUCCUUCUGUAAUAGACUGCUGUCAGCAGAUUAGUAUACAAGUUGUGUUUUGUUGGAAGAUUUCCUAAACUUGGAUCGUUAUCAUAUUGGAGUGGGAAUGAGCAGUUGAUCACUCUGUAAUCCAGUUAGGGAUGGCAAAGCCCUACAAGGAUCUACCCUAAAUGAGUGAUGGUUUAAUUUUUGACCCAGAGCAGGAUUAAGAGAGCAAAAGAGAGGUGCAACAUCACAUACUGAGUCACAUGGUAGUUUGAAUGAUAUCUUUAAAGGAUAGCAAAUGACUGAUGGAAUCAAUUGCCCUGCAUUUUGGGGAAUUAUACGUUGAUUAGGGCAGAAGCAAUGCAGGUUAUAUGAAGAUAAUUAGUAAGGCAUUGAUGGAAGAUGAGUGAUUAAUUCCUCUUAACAUUUGAUUUACUUAUGGGUUGACGAAGGAAAACAGCGAGUCCGGAUAACUAUACAUAUUGGGUACUGUUAAAUAAGAAUAUCAAUCAGUUCCUACGAUUCAUUAAUUGCAGCAGGAUAGAGGGAGAGUCCAUGUGUUAGAUGCAAAACUUGCCAUGUAUAGUAUUUGUGGUUACAGACAAGUUCAAAUACUUUUGAGUCGGAAGUUAGGUUCUUAUUACAAACUUAAGCGGAGAAGUCCUGUGAGUUGACAAGAAGUAUCUAUAAUUUGUAACACCUGUUUCGUUGUAUUUCUAAGGCAUUAGAAUGGGCAAUAUCUUAGCCUUUUGCCAUUUGCAUGGCAGAAGGCUUUAAGAAGGAAUUGAAGAUAGAGAGCAGCUGUUUGCCAGGAGUCAAACCUCUAAAGAAAGAAGGUCGUGCAGAAUUUGUAGUCAAAGCUAUCUUAUACAAGCCCCUGAGCUGGAGUUUUGGAACGCUAUAAGGGUUUAAGAUGUCAGGAUUUAGUAGAGUAUUCAACAUUGCUCUCUUCUUACAAUAGUAUAAUCUGGCUAACUCUUUUAUCUGUUGUUGUGUACUUGGAUUAAAGAUCACGCAUGCCUUUUUUUUUAUUUUGUGGCGCAGCAUGUAACUAGAUUGCUUUAUUAUAUAAAAAGAAAACUUUGGGAACCAUUAUCUGUGAAUAUUCUUUCUCAAGUUAUGCUUGGAAAGUAUGUAACUUCAAAGAACAUUCACUGUUAUCUUUCACCCUCAUGCAAUUCAGCUCCAUAUGCUCACCGAGUAUAAUGUCUCUUCUCUCUCAGUACAUUGUGCAUCAUAUUGAAGUAGUUAUUAUCCUGAACAAAGUCAUGUUCUCUGCAUUCUAGGCGUAGUGUUCAUGCAUUGUGCUCGAUUUUUGUUACGGUUUCACAAUUUUUUACUUGUCCUUAACCUGAGGUCUAAUAGAGGCCUGGGCUGUUGAAUUUCCAUGGUUCGAAAACAAUUGAGCUGUUUUAUGGUCUCUAGGGUUUGUUUAUGUUACACGGUAAGUUUAGGUUCAAGUUAUCCCAAAUUUUAGAUCAUUCUGGUUUCAGGUUGUUCGUAUCUAUCCUCUUAUCAUACUUCUCUAUUCAGCUGCUUCUGAUUCGUCUUCGGAUUGCUUCGCGUUAUCGAUCAUUUCGCAAUUGGGUUAUUUUGCGCUCGGGCCCUUGUGUCGAGAUUCAGUUGUUCAGGUUUUAAAGAGUUGCAAAUUUCGACUUUCGAAUCGCUUCGGUUUGGGCCUCUUGGGCAUUCGGUGUAUUUGGAUUUGGCUUUUCGAUUCUUCCAGUAAACUUGGUUAAUCGAUGAUUGUGUGCAUGAGGAGGGAGUUUUAAUUUUUUUAAUUUCUUUCCUUUUCAAUAUGUAAUUGUAAUUUUGAAAACCGAUUAGAUAUUAAUGUGAAUUGUGGUGUGCAUAUUUCGUAGGCCC